AUGAAGGUUUCCAAAGCAUGUGUCUUCGCUCUCAUCACUUUCUUCAACGUGAACACCGCAGCGGUGAUCCCAGAAGCCUCUACUAUAGACGGAGAUCUGGUCCCGUUCAACAUGACCACUCCCGAGAUCCCCCCACCAUUCGUCAUACUCUCCUCCUCUUCCUCCCCCACGAAGACCAAACGCGAUGAUGCUAGCAGAUACCGAGAGGCCAAAGAAAAGUCCUACAAAAUAGUCGAUGUGGUUCAGAAACCCUGGCCCUGGCAAAGGAAUAAGAAAGAAAAAGUAAAGCCCAAGGCUACACCACGUCCAUGCAGAUAUCCCGAGACUCGCCCAUGCAUCACGCAAAAAGAGAUUGAUCAAGGAUGGCAUGAUGUGGCAGGCUGCUUCAAUGAGAAUUUGUUUCUCCUCGGCGUCGGACCUACACAUUGCUGGGACGCGGGCGAUGAUUGCAUUAAGCCGAAUUGUAAAUAUUGA